UUGCAGCCGACUACGCCCUGAGGCUCACCAAAAACAGCCACAAAAACAGCCGUUUCCUCUUGGUGGAGAGCUUGGGAGGGGGGUGCGGGGGGACCUUUUCCUCACAGCAGUGGCUGUUCUCCCGUCGCUGCGCUCACAGCUCCGAGCUUCAGCACACGCCUCGGGAUCCUCCAGGCUGGCAGAGAGCUCCUUUGGGCCGAGAGCGUUCCCCUCCUGCAGCUGGGCUCGCUUUUGGGAGGAUGUCGUUUGGCAGCGUUCGGGGGAGGUUCUGAAGCUCGCAGCUCCAUCGGAGAGGCUGGUGGAGCGGCCAGGGUUGCCUCGGAGGAGCCGGCGUGCUCGGUGUCCUCUGCCCCAGCUGCAGCUCAGGCUGCCCAGCAGCAGCUCAGGCUGCCCAGCCCCGAGGCUGGACUGAGGCUGGAUCGUGCCUGGGUUGGCCACGUCUCGCAAGGAAUGGACCUCCCUGUCGUCCAGUUCGUCGCAGGACUGGCGUUACUCAUCAAGGUGCAAGAAGGUGGAUAAGCCAAAGCUGGAAAGGAUCUAAAAGAGCUUCUCAGUGGCCUUAUUUUAUGGAUUUCUCCUACCUACCUCACAAGAUACUUAUUUCCUUGAUCAGAAACACGUCUGGGGUGGACUUUGAGAAUGAACGGUGAUGUCCUCUAGCCGCCCGUAACGUGGGAUUCAAUGCGCCGCAGCUGACUCAGACCCCGGCAUCUCCUGCGAGCAGAGACUGGCAGCGAGCUGACAGAUAUGACUGUCCAGAAACUGGUAGCCACAGCUGUGUUGGUAGCCCUGCUCUCACUGAUCCUUAACAACGCGGCCGCCUUCACUCCCAACUGGGUGUACCAGACGCUGGAGGACGGGCGCAAGCGCAGCGUGGGGCUGUGGAAGAUGUGCUGGCUGGCAGAGAGGAGCAGAGGUGUGAGCGCCAGUGGCAGGCAGGGGCACGGGGAGGAGCGCGAGUGCGAAGGCCUGGGCUGGGGCUCGGAGGCAGCCGGCUUCCAGGAGUCGCGCAGCACCGUCAAACUGCAGUUUGACAUGAUGCGUGCCUGUAACCUCAUCGCCACCGUGGCUCUGACCGCUGGCCAGCUCAUCUUCGUCCUGGGCCUGAUGGAGCUGCCCAUCAUUUCUCAGGAUACCCAGUGGUGGGAGGAGGCCAUAGCUGCCGUCUUCCAGCUUGCCAGUUUCGUUCUGGUUAUUGGAUUGGUGACUUUCUACCGCAUCGGACCCUACACCAACCUCUCUUGGUCUUGCUAUCUGAACAUUGGAGCCUGUCUUUUGGCCACUCUGGCAGCUGCCAUUCUCAUAUGGAACAUCCUCCACAGGCGUGAGGACUGCAUGGCACCCCGGGUGAUCGUCAUCAGCCGCACCCUGACGGCGCGCUUCCGCCGCGGCCUGGACAACGACUACGUGGAGUCACCGUGCUGAAGGAAGGAGGACACGUGGCAGGGGGAAAGAGCUCCAAGGAAAGCUGCACUGGAGUUGGCUUUUUUUCUCUAAAUAUAUGCUAUAAUUUAAAACUAGGGUUGAAAAGACGUCCCAGAGCUCACUCUGGUGAGCAGAGGCCCUCAAUCAUUAUUUGGAUGGGCUCCAUCUAUAUACAUAUGUAUAAAACACAUAAUUUUAUAUAGAUUCUAUUCUAUUGCCCUCUCCCUCUGCUCUACAGCACAGAACGUUGGACUGGCAGCAUCCUGACAGAGCACCACAGCUACACAUCAGCAGGGCCAGCUGCAGCAGACACACAGUGUAGGCAGUGAGAGUAAAGAGGCAACCAACCACUUAUUUUCUCUGUCUGCUUCCUAAUGGUAACUUAGAAAGCUACAGGAGACCAGUGAGAACAGCUCUGGAGUCAUGAGGCCAUCUCACAGAGCAGAAAACUCUCUGGAGGGUAAGUGGUGGUUUUCACAGCUGUUUAAGUUACAUGAAUCUUUAGUCCUUCCAUCCACUCCCCUUCAAUUAACUUCUCAUUAGCUGCAACUGCUGCUCCCCAGGCACAGCGUGGCCCAGACAGCCAAAAGCAUCUCUAACUGUUCCCAGUGGGAAGGAAUGCAGAAGAAUUAAGGUGCAUUUUUUUCAGACACUACUUUAGUAUCCUGAGACAUCCUCAGUGUAAGCAGACAUGCCAUUAAUGAAAAGGGUACGGGGCUACAACAGGCCAUACAUGUUGCUGAAGAAGCUACUUCAGUGUUAAUGAGGGGAAAUACCCACAGAAGAAGGUUACCUGGACUCCCACAGAUACCAUUCAUUUACAUUACUGGAAGUGACUAUUAAAGAACAGAUAUUUCAGCUCCAAUGAUUUUCUUUUCUCCCCAGGCUUGCUUUAACAUUUGCUGUGACACUUUCAGAUUAGGGUGCUCUGUCAGGACACCCAGCUCUGCCCAGGGGCACGUCACACGGUGAUGACAGAAUGUAACUGCCACUCAAGCAAACUAGAGAGUGAGGCACACAGACAGGACUUAAGCAUGACACUUUAAGGAGACUUGCCUGCUAAGUUAAUAUGGUAAUUGAAAGGAAAUAGGUAGUACCUUUGGAAUUAGGCAUAAUGUUGGUAAGCAUUGUGCUGACCCUGAGAAGCACACGGGCUCCCAAAAGCCACUGCAGGCAGAGAAACAACAGGUCAAACACUUCUGUGCAGAAAUACUCUGCAUACAGGAGCUAGAGACAAUGCCAAUGUUUAAGAGCUCUAAGGAUGCCACUCUGAGCACAGUUACUGGUGGGUUUGAACAACCAUGAGCUGUGAAUGUCCAUCAGUUCCUCACGACUGUUGCAUUGCUCCCAGCUACAUACACUGCUCUUCAUCAUUAUUUCUGUCACACUUUCCCACACCUUGUUAAAAUGUGAUCAUCAAGCUGGUUCUUGAGUUCUGUACUCACUUCUGACAUAAUAAGAAACUCAAUCUGACCGCUGCUCUGCACCAUGUUCAAAAGUGAGCACCACUCUGCAGAGACUGAUGCUCUGGAACGACUGUAUUGUUCUAGACUGUCAGGGUAGAAUACCAUGGAGCUGGCAAAGAGUUUCUUCUAGCAGUAGGUUUGUAAAAACCAACUAAGAUUUGUAUUCAUUUGCCUGCAUUACCUUCUGGAGAAUAUUUUCUAGAAAUAAUAUGCUCUAAUUAAUGGCAGGGUUGUUAAAAAUUAAACUAUGGGAAUAUUUAAAAGACAUUCUAUUAUUUCUUCUAAUAUUACAGUAUCCAUAUUAUUAUAAUGUACAUUUAAAGUUAAAAAGAUCAGCCACGUGGUGGGGGAAUUUGUAAUACCCAGCAUUACUGUGAUUAUUUUAGAUGUAUAAAUAAAGGUGUGAAUGUUUUCUUCUAGUGAUAA